AUGGAAAUUACAGACCCAAACCCGAUCAAUACAAGGCACAAUGACGUGCCGCCGCCGCAUCUCGAAACCCCCGACGAACCAGCCAUGACAAUGGCAUCGACCGACGAGCCUCAGUCUCGCAAAAAUGUUACGGCGCCACCAGCAGCAGCACAGAGCUUUCCAGGCAAACUCAAGGUACCCUCGCGGCCUGGAACGGUCGAUCAAUUGAGGAAGAAGUCUGCGCCAUUCCCGACUGGCUAUGGAUCUUCGGCUCGUAGACCUUCAGCACUCGAGAGGUGGCAGACGACCACGUACGGGGAUACAAGGGGGAGGGCCGAAUCGAUUCCGAGCAGAGCAUGGAUCCCUUUGAUGGGACAAUUUUCUGGGGACGGAGACGAAUCCGAUUCCUCAUCCGAUGAUGAUUUCCUUGAUGAUGGCGCGACCGACCAUCCACGGACAAAACCUACUGCCGAUGCCAAAAGUGUUGGGAGCACAGGCGCAGGUGCCAGAGCACCAAAGAAACCCUUGGCGAGGAGGAUUCUCAUGAUGAAUGAGCACUGUAAAAGCACGGGGCGGCCAAGGAGGGACGGUCGACUAUGCAUUACGGUUCACGAGACGGCACACACUGGUUACUUGGCGAAUGCCCUUGGAGCCGUUGCCCACAGCAUGCGGCCCAAGAGGAACAAGACUGGCACGUCGCCAAAGGCCAUACCCCCGGCCCCAGUAAUAUAUCCGCGCCUCAACAUUGUGGUCAUGGUCGUCGGGUCUCGUGGCGACGUUCAGCCAUUCCUCCGAAUUGGCAAGUACAUCAAGGAAGAGUUUGGGCAUCGCGUCCGCAUUGCCACCCACCCCGUCUUUCGAGAUCUUGUUGAAAAGGACACGGGCCUGGAGUUUUUCUCUGUCGGUGGAGACCCUUCUGAGCUUAUGGCGUUUAUGGUAAAGAAUCCGGGCAUGAUUCCAACCCUCGAGACUGUAAAGGCUGGUGAGAUUGGAAGACGGCGCGCAGCGAUGGCGGAAAUGUUUGAUGGUUUCUGGAGGGCCUGCAUCCACGCCACUGAAGAUGAGACGACCGAUCUUAAAUCCAAACCGAUGGAUGGGAGAGACGUCUUCAUUGCAGAUGCCAUUAUUGCUAAUCCGCCUAGCUUUGCGCACAUUCACUGCGCCGAGGCCCUGGGUCUUCCUCUCCAUUUGGUCUUUACCUUUCCAUAUACACCAACCCAGGCUUUUCCACACCCCCUGGCCAGCAUCAAGAAAUCCAAUGUCGAUCAGGGGUACACGAACUUCAUAUCCUACCCUCUUGUAGAGAUAAUGACUUGGCAAGGUCUAGGAGACCUAGUCAACGACUUUCGAGUUAAUACUCUCGCUUUAGAUCCCGUAUCGACCCUGUGGGCGCCGUGCGCGACGUACCGUAUGCACGUACCGUUCACGUACCUGUGGUCACCAGGUUUAGUGCCAAAGCCAGAGGAUUGGGGCGAAGAAAUUGACGUGUCAGGAUUCGUCUUUCUCGACCUUGCUUCCGCAUUUCAGCCCCCAAAGGACUUGGUGGACUUUCUCGAAGCAGGAGAGCCUCCUAUAUACAUUGGGUUCGGCUCCAUUGUGGUGGACGAUGCGGAGCGGUUUACAGACAUGAUCUUUGAUGCAAUAGAAGCCGCUGGUGUCAGAGCGCUCGUGUCGAGAGGAUGGGGCGGGUUUGGCCGAGAUAGCGUCCCCGACAACGUCUUUAUGCUUGACAACACGCCCCACGACUGGCUGUUUCCAAAGGUCAGGGGCUGUGUUCACCACGGGGGCGCAGGUACAACCGCGAUUGGCCUGAAAUGCGGCCUCCCUACUAUGAUUGUGCCCUUCUUUGGCGACCAGUACUUUUGGGGUAGUAUGGUGGGCAAGUCUGGCGCUGGUCCUGAACCCGUGCCAUAUAAACAUCUAACGUCUGACAAGCUAGCCAAGGGCAUCAAGUAUUUACUUACUGAUGAAGCGAAGUCUGCCGCAGUCAAGAUUGCCGAGUCAAUUAAUAAAGAAGGAGAUGGCGCAAAAAAUACAGUCGCUUCUUUUACUAAACACUUGAGACUCUAUGGCCCUCCGAGUCUUAGUUGCUCCAUGCUUCAAGCACGCGCUGCUGUCUGGAAGGUCAAAGGCACACAUAUCAGACUGGGUGUUUUGGCUGCCCAAAUACUUGUCAAAAGCGGCCAGCUGAGUUGGAAAAAUUUACGACUCCUACGCCAUACGGAAUGGAAUGACUUUGAAGGUCCAGGUGAGCCCGUGACAGCCGUUGCCGAGUCGCUGAAGAAUUCUUUGCGAGACAUAUUUGGCGGCAUUGCAAGUGCUCCAGUUCGGCUUGGGAGAACUGCGAACCGGCGGGUGAGGCACCGCAUGCGGACGAUGCAGAAUAAAGGAAGUAAGACUGGCGACAGGGUCUCGGGCGAGCAGGUCAAUGAAAAGGCCCCAGAAAUAACGCCGACAACGAAUAAGAGCCAGAAAGUUCGCAAGACGUCUCUUACGCCCGUACCAGGGCCGAAUCAGUAUGCCGUCGACAUAUCCAAGAGUGUCGGCCAGACAGUGUUGGCUAUUGCUAGAGCUCCAACUAAUCUCGUUGUUGCUCUUGCGCAGGGCUUCCACAAUGCACCCAGAUUAUACGGCGACGACACGGUUCGUCGGCCAACGCGGGUCACUGGCAUCCGCUCCGGCCUGGUUGCAUCGCGCAGGGAGUUUGUGUAUGGCUUAUAUGACGGUGUUACUGGUGUUGUUCGCCUUCCAAUUCAGGGAACAAAGAACGAGGGUGCAAUUGGCUUUCUAAAAGGAACCGGAAUGGGGAUCAGUGGAUUGGUCUUGAAGUCAAUAUCGGCCGUCGUUGGGCCAAUUGGAUAUAGCAUGCAAGGUGUUUUGAAGCAGGCGCAGCGUCGACGCAGCCCGCAGAAGUUUGUGCGACGAGCUCGUAUUACGCAGGGUCAACAGGAGAUGCAAUCUUUGGAUGAGACGGAGAGCAAAACGAUACGGGACCAAGUGCUGGCUGGAUGGCAGGUUAUGCAGCGCUUGACUCGGGCAAUUGCUGACGAGGAAGACAAGAGGGGCAUUGCUGGCCAGCUCGACAAAGUGUCCCUGGACAUAGCCUUCUUGUUUGUGAGCGUCGACAGGGCAAAGACGUGCUUGGAAGAAUUAAACUCUGGCAGAAGCCUGCAGGAAGUCAUGGCUGGGUACAGAGAUUGGAACCACAAGGCACAAGAUCCGAUGACUUUGCAGAAAGGGACGUGGAGCAGUAAUGGAUAG